GGGAGGGCGCAGUCUAGGGGCGGGCUCUCCGCGGCCCCACCCUCGACCGCGUCCCCCCCGGCGCCCCCCGCGCACCCGGCCGGGACCGAGCCUACCGCGCGCCAUGGAGACGCGAGAGCGGCGGCGCCCGCAGGCUCGGCUGCUGCUGAUGUUGCUGCUCUGCGGUGGGUGUCCCCGAGUGGGUGGCUGCAACGAGACUCGCAUGCUGGAGAAGCUGCCCCUCUGCGGGAAGGCCUUCGCCGACAUGAUGCACAAGGUGGACGUCUGGAAGUGGUGCAACCUGUCCGAGUUCAUCGUGUACUACGAGACCUUCACCAACUGCACCGAGGUGGAGACCAACGUGGUGGGCUGCUACUGGCCCAACCCCCUGGCGCAGGGGUUCAUCAGCGGCGUCCACAGGCAGUUCUUCGCCAACUGCACCGUGGACAGGACGCACUGGGAGGACCCCCCGGACGAGGUUCUCAUCCCGCUCAUCGCUGUGCCGGUCCUGCUGACCGUGGCCAUGGCCGGCCUGGUGGUAUGGCGCAGCAAGCGCCCUGACCAGCUGCUGUGAGGCUCGGCGGUCGGAGGGGCCGCGCCUGGAGAGAGGGAAGGCCGGGCGGGGGGCUGGGGAGCCGCCCAGGACCCAGACCCGGACCCGGCGGUCGUGGGCAGGCGUCACCAGGCCCCGCAGCUCGCUGCAGUCAUGCUGCUCACCCAGGCUCUUCCUCUUUCUUGGGCUGGGGAAGAAAACGCACCAAGCCCGGAGCCCGAAUCACUGCUGCUGUGCCCGCUGCCCAGGCUGGGUGUCCAGGCCAUUCCUUUGCAGAGCCCUGCCUGGCCCUGGCCGGGCCUCCUGCCCUCACCCUGCCCGCUCCCUGGCUCUGACUCCACCUCCCAACCCGACCCCACCCCCUGCCCUGACCCCACCCCUAUCCCGCCCCCGCCCCCUGUCCUGACUCCACCCCCUGUCUGAUUCUGACACCACCUCCCAACCUGACCCCACCCCCUGCCUGGCUCUGACUCCACCUCCCAGCCGACCCCACCCCCUGCCCUGACCCCACCCCUAUCCCGCCCCCGCCCCCUGUCCUGACUCCACCCCCUGUCUGAUUCUGACACCACCUCCCAACCUGACCCCACCCCCUGCCUGGCUCUGACUCCACCUCCCAGCCCGACCCCACCCCCUGCCUGGCUCUGACUCCACCUCCCAACCCGACCCCACCCCCUGCCCUGACCCCACCCCUAUCCCGACCCCACCCCCUGCCCUGACCCCACCCCUGGCCUGACUGACUCCACCUCCCAACCCGACCCCACCCCCUGCCCUGACCCCACCCCUAUCCCGCCCCCGCCCCCUGUCCUGACUCCACCCCCUGUCUGAUUCUGACACCACCUCCCAACCUGACCCCACCCCCUGCCUGGCUCUGACUCCACCUCCCAGCCCGACCCCACCCCCUGCCUGGCUCUGACUCCACCUCCCAACCCGACCCCACCCCCUGCCCUGACCCCACCCCUGGCCUGACUGACUCCACCUCCCAACCCGACCCCACCCCCUGCCCUGACCCCACCCCUAUCCCGACCCCACCCCCUGCCCUGACCCCACCCCUGGCCUGACUGACUCCACCUCCCAACCCGACCCCACCCCCUGCCCUGACCCCACCCCUAUCCCGCCCCCGCCCCCUGUCCUGACUCCACCCCCUGUCUGAUUCUGACACCACCUCCCAACCUGACCCCACCCCCUGCCUGGCUCUGACUCCACCUCCCAGCCCGACCCCACCCCCUGCCUGGCUCUGACUCCACCUCCCAACCCGACCCCACCCCCUGCCCUGACCCCACCCCUGGCCUGACUGACUCCACCUCCCAACCCGACCCCACCCCCUGCCCUGACUCCACCCCCUGCCUGGUUCUGACUCCACCUCCCAACCCAACCCCACCCCCUGCC